AUGAGACUGCCACAGCAGAUGGAUCUCCUCAAUCGGUACCUGCUUCGUCUCAGGCAGCAGGAAAAAUAUGAAGCAGCUCAUGAUGAAGAUGAGUCCCGCAAACAGCAGGAAAAUCCCGUAUUUGAGGUGGCAGAGAGCCGCCAAGAAGCACUGGGCUAUGAGAGCCGUGAAAAUCAUAUUAACACACACAACCAUGCUCUGCCCAGCCGACCUCGUCUCCAAUGGGAAAAGCUCGCUCGGCACCAGCCACCCGAGUGGGCCCCACGACCUCCCAGCCGCGCUCGUAAUAGCCGACGAAUACAAAGAAGCACCCGACCCAAACCCGAGGCUCUGAAAAAUAACCGGCGCGUAGAAAAGGAUCGAGUUCAUUCCAGUCAGCUGCUGGAAGGCCGGUAUCCCAAGCGCCCCAAUCACCAGCUGCGGCCGAUUCUUCCUCUCGAGAAGGUUCCGGAAGGGAUGCUUAAUCGCCUUAGCUGCAUUGCUCGCAUCUAUAAGAAUUUGUCGAGCUUCCUCAAGUCUCCCUUGCUCGACGAGACUGUUGGGAGUUUCCGGAAGGAAAAGUCCCCCGACGAACAUGAAAGUGGCCGGGACUGCAGCCAUUCCGAGAGAAAGCCUCCACCCCCAAGGAUGAAUCUUCUCGACUCCAUAGUUCACAAAUAUUCCGAGGCAUGUUGUGAGCUGGAAGAGCUGGUUGAUGGCUCCACGGAUCUUUGCUGGCGCCAUUUCCGAGAGGUAUAG